AAAAAUAACAAGUCUCCUAAAUGAGAACGCAAAUGCUGCGUUUUUCAGGUUCGGCAUCAUUCGCUCGGGUGCAAAGAACGUCAUUAAACGGUGCUCUUCCAGUGCCUGCUCCGUGUCCAGAUCCUUCCGGUGCUGCCCUGACGGGGUGGUAUUGAAUGGCUGAAAGAGAAGACUUUCUUCAGCUCUGGGAAGAAAAUGCUUGACACCACAGAAUCCAAGAGCUAAGACUCUAUUUUACUCUUGUCUACUUUGUUUAUUAUCUUGAGACUUGAAUACCCCUUAAAUGUAUACGCCUACUAUGGCAAUGCAUGAUAUGAGCCGUGUCAAGGGUUUCCCCUGUAAAGAGUGUGAUAUGGUUUGCCCCAGUACCCCUAGUCUGUUAGAACACAUGAAGGCUCACUACCAGCAAGAAGAAAAUGGCAGGUUUGAGUGUGAGCAAUGUGGCCGCAUCUAUAAGCAUGCUGGCAGCUUGGCCAACCAUAAGAAAUCCCAUGAAGUGGGUUCCUUUCAGUGCCCAGUCUGCACCAGAACCCUGCCCAAUGCUGUGGCUCUGAAGAACCACCUCCGUAUCCACACCCUAUCCCCAAGCAGUGCCCAGGCAGAGGAAGACGGCGGUGACGAAGGCGCUGAAGACGGACAUGAUGAGAGGAACUAUGGUCUUGCACAGGACCUGUCUGAUGGCUUUGCCCGCAGUCACCUGAACAACAGUGGAAUGGGUCAUGGUGUGAUGUCACAUGACCCAGAUGAUCAUAAGAAGUCACCUGUAACCGAUGAUGCCUGGGAUCGUCCAUUCAAAUGCGAUCAGUGUGAUAGAACCUACCGCCACCAUGGGAGCCUGGUUAAUCACAAGAAAUGUCACCAGGAGGGGGCGUUCAAGUGCACCGUCUGUUACAAGCAGUUCAACAACCUGGCUGCUCUCAAUGGUCAUGAGCGAACCCACUCAAAGUUUAAGACUCCUGGAGCAUCGAUGGUUAACAACAUACACGAUUCUGUGACUGAUCAGCGUUCGUCUGCGCCCCAAACCGAUGAUGCAGCUAACUGCUUCUGCCACCUGUGCCAGGUAGCUUUGCCCAACAAGAGUGACUUCCAGGAGCACAUCCUGUUGCAUAAUGCAGCCUCCUCUUCACUGGGUCUUUCCCGUAGUUUCCCAGGGAUAAUGGCGCACAAUCUCAGCGCUGUCCGCUCCCCAGCAUACACACCUGCCCUGGGUGACCCUCUGCCGCUUCCUCCUUUGCCAAAUGAUAAACGUGGCCCCUUUGACCCAAUGCUUGGCCCUCCUGUCAAUAACCCCAUUUACACUUGUGCAUACUGUGGGGCUGGGCAUCCUGAUCUGGAGAGCCUCAAAGUUCACUACCUGACCCAUGACCCCCACCCAGGCUCCCAUGGUCAGGAUGGUAUCCUGAACACUGAUGGGAUUGGCUCUAACUCUAACCCAUCACCAUCUGGAGAGAGAGUGCAAUCUUCUUCUGAUGAUGGCGAACGUCGUUUCAAGUGUCAGGAUUGUGGGAAAAGCUACCGCCAUGCUGGAAGCCUGGUCAACCACAAGCGCUCCCACCAGACUGGCCUCUACCAGUGCACCAUCUGCUGCAAGCAGUAUCCACACUUGGCAGCCUUGCAUAGCCACCUCCGCAGCCAUAAGGGAAGAACAUCCAACCAAUCAUCCCUCAACACUGAAGGCGACUGGCUCUCCUCUGAACCCCUGACACUUGACUCUCAGAAUAGUUAUGUGCAGGAGGGGAGCGGCGCAACCACCCCCAUCUCCCUCCCUGGAAAUCUUGGUGACGCUGCUCACUUUGUACCUGAUGGUGGCCACAGCAGCGGUUUGGAUUCACUGGAGUUCCAUGAUCGAUUUGAUGGCUCCCUUGCCCAGAGCAACUCUGGGCACUCCCCUCUUCCCCAGAACCACCGCCAGGCUGAUAGACACAUGUGCACUGACUGUGGAGAGAUGUACGGGGACAUAUCUGGCAUAAAGUCUCACAUGUGCCCCCAACGGCGACAGAACCAGGGGAUGUCCAAUGGAUUCAUGGGAAACAUGAGUGGCUACAACAGUACUGGAGGCGCUGCUCUCCCUUCAGGUGGAGGAAAUGUGAAAGAGAGCAAUGGACAGCGCUCUCAGUAUGGUUCUCAGUCCCAUGCCCAAGGAGGGGGGAAAAGGAUGAAUAAAGAAGAUGAUGAUGAUGGUGAAGUGUACCAGUGCUCGGUGUGUGGAAACCAUUAUGCCAGCCUCAGAGCUCUGAGGAGUCAUCUGCGCAGCCAUGCUAACAAUCCCACAGGGCCUGGGACUUCGGCACUUUCUCCUAACGGUGAGGCAGACUGGAGGAUUAUCUGCAGCACCUGUGGCCAGAGCUUCUCCAGAAAGCAAGACCUGUUAAACCACCAACUGAUUCAUGGGCCACAAAGGUCAGAUGCAGCAGCGCAGAGCAUGGGGGCCGAUCCCACCACUACUAAUGGCAAAAUGGAUGGUGAUGGGAGGAAUCACAUUUGUGUUGACUGUGGCAUGUUCUUUGCUGAUCGCCAUCACCUGAUCACUCACCUGUGUCCUGGAAAGGGAAGAGGAGGAGUGCUGAGCAAAGAAGGGUUGAAUGGAGCUAAAGGGAUGACUGGCGGAGAUGGAGUUAGUGGCGGCGGAGUUGGAGGACCUGGAGGCAGUCGUGAUAUGGGAGGACAGGACCGUAGACAACAGAUGCCAGAUUCGGAGGAUCGGCCCCACAAAUGUGACCAGUGUGGAAGGGGCUACAGGCACCCUUGCUCCCUGCUCAACCACAAGAAAUCUCACAAGACCGGAGUCUUCAGAUGCCUUGUCUGCCAGAAGCGCUACUACAACCUGCUGGCCCUUAAGAACCACCAGAGGACCCACUUUGAUUUAAAAAGCAAGGCUGCCGCUGGCACAGGGAGAAGCGGUCCCCAAGUGGCACCCGAUUCCGAAACGAUGGCUUUACUUGAAUGGCACAAGUGUGAGGAGUGUGGGAAGGCCUUCAAGAUCCAGAAGCAGCUGGAAAACCACCUUCGGCUACAUGAAGAACACCGAGCAAAGGCUCACGCCCAGCUCGCAAAACUAGGCAAUGGAAGGUAUCAAGGAGGACCCUCUGGCAUGCAGGCCAUGAGAGGAGAAUCGUCCAAAUCCCAGAACCCUGGCAUGGGGGAAGUCAAGUAUGGACAACAACAACAAGGCUUCAAGCAACCCUACUCAGAGGCUGGCACUUCAAGGGCUCAGAAUUUUGAUCUACAAGAAGGGGGACGACGACCCUUCGCCUGUGACGAGUGCGGACGGAGCUAUCGUCAUGCAGGUAGCUUGGCCAAUCACAAGAAUCUUCACAAAAUUGGCGAGUAUCACUGCAAUGUCUGCAACUCCACUUACCCGAACCGCCUGGCCAUGAAAAACCAUCUGCGUCUUCAUUUUGCCCUCAAGAAGCACACUUGCCAGGAAUGUGGCAAAGGGUUCCGUACCCAAAAGCAGCUGACCACCCACCACUCUGCACAGCUCUGCAAGGGGGCUGCAGGAGCUGUUGCUCAAAUGGAUUACGAGUGUGAUGGGUGCUGCGAGGGUUUCGCUACUGCAGACCAGCUGGCUGCACACGACUGCCCUGCUCAGCAGCUCCCUUCGUCCUCGGCCUCCCUCAACAGCUCAAGCCUCAGCAUCGACGGGGCUGACCUUGUGCCAGAUGAACGCCCCUACAGCUGUGACAUCUGCAACUGCUCUUACAAACAUGCUAGCAGCCUGCUGAACCACAAGCACACACACAAGACGGGCACCUUCACUUGCACCUACUGCGACAAGCCCUACUCCAACUACAUGGCGCUGCGCAACCACAUGCGCAUCCACACGCAGAAGAAGAGGCACAUCUGCCACCACUGUGGGAAAGCAUUCCGGCUAGCCAGAUUUCUCCGCAAUCACCAGAAGGUCCAUGAGGAGGGCCACACACGCUUUGGCUGCACCAGCUGCGGGAAGAGCUUCCAGGGGAGGUCAGGCCUGGCGAGGCACCGCUGCGGGGAGAACCAGGUAGGCAAGGAGGGCAGGAGGAUGGCCACUGCAAGCACGACAGGGGGAGAAGAGUGCCGGUACACAUGUGACCAGUGUGGCCGCUCCUACGCCCAUGCCAGCUCCCUCCUCAACCACAAAAACACCCACACCGUCGGCAUUUACCACUGUGCUGUGUGCCUCAAGACCUAUUCCAACCUCCUGGCCCUCAAGAACCACCGGCGCAUCCAUUCGGAGAUACGGCGUCACCGCUGCCCAGAAUGUGGCAAGGCUUUCCGUGUCUCCUCCCAGCUCAACAGCCACCGUCGCGUCCACCUAAAGGAGAGGGAGCUAACUUGUGGCCCCUGCCAGCGCAGCUUCCCCAGCCAGGCCAGCUUCCGGCUCCACCAGGAGAUCUCCCACGGCCAAGCCCCCAGGCCCCCCCAGCAGAAACAGGCCAGGGCUGGGGGAGCCUCUGGGGGCACAUCCGGGGGCGGGAGCUCAGGCCUUAACUGGGACUCCGGCCUGGAUCUCACGCUGUUGCAGGCCCAAGGACUGGUCCCCAAUGGACUACCCAAAAUGAACUCCCUGUCCUUCCAAGGCCCCAGUGGCAGCAGGAGCCGUGGGGCGACGGGGACCAAGUCGCACGUCUGCAACCAGUGCGGCCGCGGCUACCUCCACGCCAGCUCCCUCCUCAACCACAAAAACAGUCACAAAACAGGCGCCUACUUCUGUAACUCCUGUCAGAAGGAGUUUCCCAACCUGAUGUCCCUCAAGAACCACCGGCGCAUUCACACUGAGCCCAAACGUUUCCAGUGCCCCGACUGCGGAAAGUCCUUCCGUGUGUCCACCCAGCUCAUCUGCCACAGGCGCAUCCACACCAAGGAAAAGCCCUUUUCCUGCCAGCAAUGCGACAAGCGCUUCUCCAGCAAGUCCAACCUGCGCCACCACCAGAAGGUGCACUGGAGCAGCUCAGCGCCCCCCACCAUGGCCAUGGGCGCUGCCAGCUUCUUGGGUCAUCCCCCAAUUGGCGCAGGGAGACCACCCAAAUCGCAUGUCUGCGACCAGUGCGGCCGUGGUUACCGCCAUGCCGGAUCCCUCCAGAACCACAAGAACGUCCACAAGACAGGUGCCUAUUUCUGCAGCUCUUGUCAGAAGGAGUUCUCCAACCUGAUGGCUCUCAAGACCCAUCGGCGCAUCCACACUGAGGUCAAACGCCACCGGUGCUCAGAUUGUGGAAAGGCCUUUCGUGCGCCUAGCCAACUCAUCGUCCACCAGCGCAUUCACACCCAGGAGAAGCCCUUCUCCUGCCAGCAAUGCACCAAACGCUUCUCCAGCAAGUCGAACCUGCGCCACCACAUGAAGUUGCAUUGGAGCGGCUCAGCGCCUUCCAGUUUCCUGGGUAAACCGGUAAUUGGUGCGGGGGCCAAAUCGCACGUCUGCGACCAGUGUGGACGUGCUUACCGCCAUGCUAGCUCCCUCCUCAACCACAAGACCAUCCACAAGACAGGCGUUUAUUUCUGCACCUCCUGUCAAAAGGAGUUUCGCAAUCUGAACGCCCUCAAGAACCACCGGCGCAUCCAUACGGAGCCCAAACGCUACGAGUGCCCGGAGUGCGGAAAGUCCUUCCGUGUGUCCACCCAGCUCAUAAUCCACCGGCGCAUCCACACCAAGGAGAAACCCUUCUCCUGCCAGCAGUGCGACAAGCGCUUCUCCAGCAAGUCCAACCUGCGCCACCACAUGAAGUGGCAUUGGGGCAGCUCAGCGCGCCCUGUGCGCAACAAUGUGUCUGUGGCUGCUACCAGUACCACCCUCUUGGCUCUGCCUCAGACCCAUAUCUAUACAAAGUAUGGGUGGGGGUGGGGAAAGGGGAAGCAUUGAAAUGCCAAGGUUCUGGAGGUGCCAAAACUCUUCUUCACCCUCCUUCUCAUUCCCCACCAUCCCACCUUUGUUAUAGACUGUGAUUUCCAUAGAGCGGGUUGUGUGGUUUAGACGCGCAAGGCCCUGCAUGCGACCCCAGAGAAGGGGAAAAAGUGGACUUGACAUGGACACUACACUGGUUAGGAUACCGGUGGCAAAAUCUUCACCCAUCUAAUCAGUUAGCUGUGCUUAAUGCAUUCACUCGAUGGCCUUUGCUAGUGUACAACAACCCUUCCGCCUGCAAUGGUACACCAGGAUUACUGGUAAAAAAAAAAGAGUCGAUAUUGAGGUUUUGGGAUUGUUCCUACACAUCAUAACAUCUCGUCUGUUAAUCUUCAGUGAAGCCUUUGCUUGCGGCUUUUGUUGUCAUACAGUAUAAAAGACAUUGAAGAGUAACACAUGGAUUUUAAACAUAUGCGCAAUAUGUUGGAUGAAAGAGUUGAGAUGUACUUUGACAUUUGACAUUGUAAAGAUUGAGUGUUAACGGUGAAUGUAGUAAUAUAGAACUGACCUGUAAUAUAGAACUGACCUGAGGGUGCAGUGCUCUCUUGCGAGGUUCUAAUCGUUUUCUAACUUGUGUGUUUCUGGCAGCACGAAGAUGAGCUUCAAACUUUAUUAUUCUGCAGAUGACGACAAUGCUCUUAAUGGGUUGCUACUGUCUGACAUAACAUUUCUGUAUUCCUCCCAUUAUUUCAAAAUGGCUCUUGGCCCCAAUAUUUUAAACACUGCGCCUAGCCAGCAAGCGCGUAUAGAUGAUUAAAAAAACAUGGAUAAAAAUAAAGAAAUGUAUAUUGUUAGGCCGGUACCUGCAUUUGGUUUUAACAUGUAUCAUAAUUAUACAUCUGACUGUAUUAUUAACAGUAUUGCUUUUAUAAAUCAUUAUAGUAUGCUUUAGGGUCUCUCAGUUUAGGAGAUGUGUUGUAACCACCCCUUGUCCUUACACUUACCCCAGACCAUUCAUCAUGUACAGUUGAAGUCGGAAGUUUGCAUACACUUAGGUUGGAGUCAUUCAAACUCGUUUUUCAACCACUCCACAAAUGUCUUGUUAACAAACUAUAGUUUUGGCAAGUCGCUUAGGACAUCUACUUUGUGCAUGACACAAGUCAUUUUUCCCCCAAAAAUUUACAGACAGAUUAUUUCACUUAUAAUUCACUGUAUCACAAUUCCAGUGGGUCAGAAGUUUACAUACACUGAGGUGACUGUGCCUUUAGACAGCUUGGAAAAUUCCGGAAAAUGAUGUCAUGGCUUUAGAAGCUUCUGAUAGUUGAAAUCAUUUGAGUCAAUUGGAGGUGUACCUGUGGAUGUAUUUCAAGGCCUACCUUUCAAGGCCUACCAAACUCAGUGCCUCUUUGCUUGACAUCAUGGGAAAAUCAAAAGAUAUCAGCCAAGACCUCUGAAAAAAAUUUAUAUACCUCCACAAGUCUGGUUCAUCCUUGGGAGCAAUUUCCAAACGCCUGAAAGUACCACGUUCAUCUGUACAAACAAUAGUAUGCAAGUAUAAACACCAUGGGACCACACAGCCGUCAUACUGCUCAGGAAGGCGACGCGUUCUGUCUCCUAGAGAUGAACGUACUUUGGUGCAAAAAGUGCAAAUCAAUCCCAGAACAACAGCAAAGGACCUUGUGAAGAUGCUGGAGGAAACAUGUACAAAAGUAUCUAUAUCCACAGUAAAACGAGCCCUAUAUCAACAUACCCUGAAAGGUCGCUCAGCAAGGAAGAAGCCAUUGCUCCAAACCCGCCAUAAAUAAUCCAGACUAUGGUUUGCAACUGGGACAAAGGUCGUACUUAUUGGAGAAAUGUCCUCUAGUCUGAUGAAACAAAAAUAGAACUGUUUGGUCAUAAUGACCAUCGUUAUGUUUGGAGGAAAAAGGGGGGGGCCUUGCAAGCCAAAGAACACCAUCCCAACCGUGAAGCACGGGGGUGGUAGCAUCAUGUUCACAAAAUAGAUGGCCUCAUAAGGAAGGAAAAUUAUGUGGAUAUAUUGAAGCAACAUCUCAAGACAUCAGUCAGGAAGUUAAAGCUUAGUCGCGAAUGGGUCUUCCAAAUGGACAAUCACCCCAAGCAUACUUACAAAGUUGUGGCAAAGUGGCUUAAGGACAAUAAAGUCAAGGUAUUGGAGUGGCCAUCACAAAGCCCUGACCUUAAUCCUAUAGAACAUUUGUGGGUAGAACUGGAAAAGCAUGUGUGAGCAAGGAUGCCUUCAAACCUGACUCCGUUACACCAGCUCUGUCAGGAGGAAUGGGCCAAAAUUCACCCAACUUAUUGUGGGAAGCUUGUGGAAGGCUACCCGAAACGUUUGACCCGAUUUAAACAAUUGAAAGGCAAUGCUACCAAAUACUAAUUGAGUGUAUGUAAACUUCUGACCCACUGGGAAUGUGAUAAAAUAAAUAAAAGCUGAAAUAAAUCAUUCUCUCUACUAUUAUUCUGACAUUUCCCAUUCUUAAAAUAAAGUGGUCAUCCUAACUGACCUAGAACAGGGAAUUUUUACUAGGAUUAAAUGUCAGGAAUUGUGAAAAACUGAGUUUAAAUGUAUUCUGCUAAGGUUUAUGUAAACUUCUGACUUCAACUGUAUGUAUAAUUGACAUGGAUUCAAGGAUGAAGGACUCUUUGACAAUUUAAAUUGACUGUACAUCCUUAAGUUUCCCUUGUACAAUAAACAGGGAGCUGCCAUGUGUGUUUUGAUUGCAGUAUGAAGUUUAAGGAAGAUUAAGGAUUAUUGCUGACAUGUUUGCCUUUUGUGUCUGUCUUUCUUCAACUCAGACUGGACACUUCUGUUUCACACACACACACACAAAAAAAAACACAUACAAAUGGAUAACUUUGUAAAAGUUUGGUGCAUUUAUUAUGUUAAGUUUGUUACUCUUGUAUUGUAACAUUUGUAUUCAUUCAUUAGCUUGUAUUUCCAUAUACAAUUGUGUUAUAUUCAACUAUUCAACGAUCUGUGUGAACGUAUUUUACUGGGAGUACUGCUAGUAAGUGAAAUAUAAAGUCACUGAAUUGAUUUAGGAGUAAUGUGAUAAAACUAGACCAGAGAACAACUGUAUAUUUUAGUUAUACCUGAAAAAAGUAGACAAAAUGGACACUUGAACCUUCAUUACAGCUAGUUUAGGAAUAAUUGCUUUGAACAAGUUUUAAUUUCAAGUUCUUACUUUUUGUAGUAUAUAUGUAAUUCUUACUAUACACUUUUAUAAACUAUGUUUUGAUUAUACAUUUCUUAACAAAACUUGUCCAUGUUAUAACCCCUAAUGCGCAGUACUGAAAAUAAAAGCUGGGAAAAUGUG